GAAUAAGUCAGAGACAAGGAUAGAAGUAAAAAAGAAGAGGGAGAUAGCAAAGCUCUAGCGCAGAAGAAGCAGAGAAUAUUUGGGGAUUGUGGGACGGCUCAUUCUCCUGCUGGGGUUCCAAUAGAAAAGAACACAUUCAAGGUUGCAGCUCAUUAUUUGUCGGGAAAGUGUAUUUGAACUGAAUACUAAGAGACAGCUGCAGGUACUUAUCAGAAUGGAGCCAUCCCAAGGACAGUACCCGCCAUCAGCUAUUGAAAAUGAAGAACCAUGUGACACUUCAAUAACCACAACCCCCGAGUGUGGUAUAGAUGGUGAACCCUAUGAAAUAGUCCACAAUCCAGAAAAUGAAGAACCAUGUGACACUUCAAUAACCACAACCCCCGACUGUGGUAUAGAUGGUGAACCCUAUGUAAUAGUCCACAAACCAGGAGAAAGUGAAAAUGUACAAAGUGAAGCCCUGGCUCUGCUUCAUUAUCCAGGCUAUAGUAUAGCAUCUACUAUAAAAGAAAAACUAAUUUCUUUUGAGGAGUGGAUCGAAUGGAUAUUCUUAACUCUGUCUAACUAUACUACAUCUUGGCUUUUCAGACAAUCCUUCACUGUUGGGAUACUGACCUAUUCGGAGAAGGACGAGUGCAAAUGGUUGAAAUACUGGUUGCAAUCAGACAUCUUUAAAGGCCACAUAGAUAAUGUGCAAGUUAUCUGCUACUCUGAAGAUAUAGAAGGACUUAAAAAGAAACUCACAGAGUGUUCCUAUAUACUUUUUUACCACCGAGGCACAUUUGGAUCCAAAAUGACUGAUUCUAUGAUUGCCAGCACCGUGAGACAGACAACUUCCAAACUUGAGAAGAAAAACAUGAUGAUUGCUUUGGGUCAUCUUAAAAACAAAAAACAUGAAGACAAGAUGAAGAAAAAGUUGCAUGAGAAAAUUGGAAAAGAGUAUAACCAACUGCUCUUCACAAGAGGAGAAAUCAAGCAAUAUGAAAACCUCAUUGGUUUAUAUCCAUGGAAGAAAUUGGACCAGAUAAAGGCGGCAUUAUCUACUGCUUGCGGAGGAUAUGAAAGUUACCGUUCUUCGCCAAAGAAACAUACUAUUGGAAUCGCUUCACGGUCUUCAGAAAGUGAUUUUGAGUGGCUGGCCCAGCAUCUGAAAAACUCAUGUCAGGCCGAUGUCAGAUACAUUUACAUCUCUAACAAUGGGCGACACAAGUUCUGGGAUGAUGUUUCUCAUUGCACAUUCGCUAUCCUUUAUCACACCAAGAAAAGAGUGAGGAUAAACAUCACUGAUGUCACUGACUCUCUCUAUGAUGAAGAAAUUAAAUAUCUGGCCUCUGCACUGGGGAAGGACAAUGUGAUUGUUGUGGUAGAUGAUCUUGAUAACAGCAGCAAUGAGGAGAAAGAGAGGAUCUUGCAGAGCCAACCCAGCAUUGGGCGCCAUGCCAAAGAUUUGAUCCUUUUCACCCAAAAGGAGACAGAUCCUAACUACGAGAGACUUGUUACACAGCAGAUAGAAGAAGAUGAAAUUAAUGUAAAGAAAAAACUUGAUGCCUUGAAAGAGAUUCUAGGAGAGGCAAAAGCUACCAUGAUGAGUGGAGCAGCAGAUACCACAAAUGUCCACAGACAAGAGGAAACUUCAAAUAUACUCCCAUUGGAGACAAAUGAAGUAAAUGAGACAGAAUAAGACUCAUGGCUUCUUCAUGGUUUCAGUUGCCUCAGCAAAAUAAAAAUAUGAUGAAGGCAGAGCUCUAGAACCCCUAGCCCUGGCAAAAUACGGGAUCAUUGC